GUUUCGCUUCAGUCUGCAGGUUGUUUCGGUUGUUUCAGAACGGUACUAGCUCAGUUGUGUAAUAACUAAUUUACAUUGAAGGGAAAAUGGAUUUUUUGUGAUGUGAAAAGAUUUUCAUCAAGAAAACCCAAAAUGCAAGAAGCCAACUCAUUAAAAGUUGGAUUCCUUCUGCUGGUAUUGUUCUCACUGGCACCGAAUUGCAAAUCAGUUGAAUUUUGCCCCAGUGAGUGUCACUGCCAUCACGACCAUGAUUCCAAUGACUUUUACGUGGAUUGCUCCGGGCUGGGGCUGACAGAGCUGCCACAUUUUCCCGAUACGAAUGUUCAAAUCCUCGAUCUCUCGGAGAACCUAUUCACCUUCAUCCCGCCGGAUCUUUCGCAGUUCUCAAACCUACGAUAUCUGGACAUGUCGUCGAAUCUGAUUUCAUCGCUCCCGCCGCAGUCACUGGAAGGUCUGAAAUCACUAAAACAGCUGAAUUUAUCCAAAAACAACAUAUCCAACUGGGCCAACCUUUACCCGAACGAAUUUCUGACGAACACUCCAUUUUUGGAAGAGUUAAGCCUAGCGGAGAACCAAUUCACCAGCUUUUCCAGCAAUGAUAUUUCAUUAGUCCUGUUCAGCCCUUCGGUGAGGUAUCUGGACUUGAGCAAUUGUAAGAUUACAAAAAUUUCCGGAAAGGAAGUAAUUCUAGGACUCAGUAGUUUGGAAACGCUGAAGCUGAAUGGAAAUCCCAUACACGGGAUCUCUGACAUUAAAUCAGACAGUUUGAAAACUCUUGAUUUGAGUAACUGCAGAUUGGGUACGCUACAACCGACAGCGCUGAGCGGAUUGACAUCUCUGGCUUACGUGAAUUUGGCAAGAAACUAUAAACUGUCACUUUCAAUGCAUGGAAACGUAACUUCAAGUAGUUUGAGACGCAUCAAUUUGUCACUGUGCAACAUGGAUUCAAUUGAUUUAGGUGGAUUUCCCAACCUAAAAACGGUAAUUUUGCGAGGAAACAUGAUUCGCCAACUGACCCGCGAAAGCUUCGCAGCCAAUCCUCUGCUGGAGAACAUUGAUCUGUCGUCCAAUUCGAUAAACCUCGUCCAGAAUGAUGCGUUCCGGUUGUUGAUGCACAUGAAAACCCUGGAUCUGUCAUUCAACUCAAUACCACGAAUCGAUGGGCGAACUUUCAAGGACAAUGAAAUGCUGACGCAGAUCAACCUGAGCAGAAACUACAUUGCACGGCUUCAAAGGAUCGUAGCCAGCUCGCUGGCACAUCUUAACAUGAGUUGGUGUGAAAUUCUUUCGAUCGAUGCCGACGCCCUUGGAGCGAUGCCUUCGCUCAUUGAUCUGGAUCUAUCGCAUAAUUUGCUCUACGAAGACCCCUCGAAUAUUGCCUCGGAAACGCUACAGACGCUGGAUCUCAGCAUGUGUCGAAUUACGUCCAUUAGAAAUACGACGUUUUCGCGACUUCCAGCUCUGAUGAAAAUCAACCUAGCUGGCAAUAGGUUCACCACUCCGUUCCGAGUUGAAUACUUUGAAAAUAAUCCCUACCUGAGCGAAAUUUGGCUAGGUGAUAAUCCGUGGCGCUGUGAUUGCCGGGAAAAUGGAUUUCUGGAAUUCUAUCUUUUCCUAACCGAACCUCCUAGGAGGGCUAACGACCACAAACAUCUCCGCUGCACAAGCCCAGAGGACUUCUACGGGGCCACUUGGGAGGCAGCUUGUCGAUCCGUUUGGUAUCCGCAGGACAUCAUGGGAACGACUGAGAAAAUCUGGACCUACUUUAUGCUAGCCAUCUUGGCAUUCUUUGGCUUCUUCUGUUUGUAUUCGUCCAUCAAGCGUUUCAUUGAUUCCCGAAGGAAGAUAGCUGCAGAAAAUGAGCGUCAAGAGAACAUCCAGGAAAUGCGCGAAGUUGCUCGUGAAAAUCAGCUACGUUUGCGACAGGAAGCACAGCUGAACGCUCCGGAUGUACGAGAAUCCAGACCUCCAUGCUACGAAGAUGCGAUCCAACUUCCAAAACUCGAUGCAGCUUCCUUCGCAUCACUCGACGAACUGCUACUCCGUGGCAAACGCAAGAAGAAACGAAGACAUCGUCAAUCCACUGGCGAAGAAGGCACCGAUGCUGACGAUGAAAACGAUCGAGCUGAACUACGGCCGAACAAUCGAUCGAGAAGUGAAAAUGUACUCUCCGUCAGAGCGGUAGUCUAUCAAGAACCGACUGAUGCAGUAGAUAGAGAAAACUCUCCCAUCUACGAUCGUCCAACAUCCAAUCGAAUCGUGUCAGCAAACGUCCCCGUUACACCAUCCGGACAACCCAACGAACCUGAACUUCAUUACCAUUCGACAGAUAUCCUUCGAACGAACAGACCGUCCACAUCGAGCCCAACGUCAUCCCGUUCUAUCACAGUAUCCGUUCAUCAACCGACCAGUUCAGCACCCAGCCGCAGUACUGAUCCGAUUCAGGAUUUGAACAGCCGGAGCUACGAAAACAGUCCGUACGCCAAACGGAAAGUCAAACCACUUCAACAUCUAAACCCAAACGGAAGCAUUGAGGAGAUAACCGAUUUUGAAGGCUACGAAUCCAGUCCCUACGCAAAACGUCGAAUACAGCACAUGGCCAGUUUUAAGGGAGACCGGGACAGACCCCCCUUGCCAGCAAGACCACCCCCGAGCAGCGUUCAGCAGCUGCUUCAGGAUAGUGAUGACGAAGACGAACCGGCCAUCAAGGUUGUUGACGAUUAUUUCAAACCCGAGCAAGCGAUAGUCGAUUUGGAUGGAUAUGCCGUCGUUACGGAGGAGGACGUUAGGAGAAACUUACUCGACCAAGGGCAGCGAUCCGAGCGCACGAGAGCUGAUGCGAACUCCAGUGAUAGCAGCAGUAUUGAAAUCAUUCCAAGUCAUUCGAAAAAGGAGCCACAGUGAUGGUAGCAGCGUUUUAUAGUCAGGAAUAAUGUAGGAAUAGAGUAAUUUAUGUGUAUUUUAAAAGAAAUAAAUCCAAACGAUUUUGAA